UAGAAUUAUAGAAGUGAAGAAAACCCUAGUCUAAAAACUUUUUUCUGUCAUCUUCAUUGCCGCUAGUCAAAAACUUUUUCCUAUCAAGUGGUUUUGCUCAUUUAAUUUGAAGAAGAGGUGAAGGAAACACUAAAUCACAUACGGAGAACAAGAAGAUCAAAAAAUCAGUGCGAUUUAAGAUAGGAACUACUCCUAUUCAAAAGGAGGCGGAGACACCAGAAGUAAUAGAAGAAAAAUCUUCUACAACAGUGCUGGGAUGUCGACCAGAUGGUAACAUCACUCCUGAUAAUGCUCUUAAUCAUCCUAAAAAGCAGAAAAGAUCAACUACUUGUGAUCCUGGUUCUAGAUUGUAAGUCAUGGCAGGGAAACAUCUAAAAUUUGGGAUUCAUUUUCCAAAUAUAGAGAUAAAUGGGGUAAGCGUAUGGCUAAAUGCAACUACUGUACUAAAAACUUUGCUUCCGAAAGUACACACGGGACUUUGACAUUAUGGACACAUUUAAAUAUGAUUUGUCGUAAUUCCCCUUUUAGAGUCGAUAGAAAGCAAUCAACACUCAAGUUGAUUAAAAGAGGGGAACAAUCAGAUAAUGCAUGCACUUUGGAAAAGGUUGUGUUUAAUGUAGAAAUUAGAAGAGCCAUUAUUGAAUUUGUCAUUAUUGAUGAACAACCUUUUGAAGUUGUCGAAGGAGAAGGUUUUAAGAGACAAAUGGCUAUUGGUUUGCCUAAUUUUUAAUUACCUUCUUGUCUACUGUUGCUAGGCUAUGCUUGGAAAUAUAUCAAGAGGAGAAAGAAAAAUUAAAAAAGCUUAUUUGAAACGCGUAUGUCUUACUAGUGACACAUGGAAAUUUCUCCAAAAUUUAACUUAUAUGGUUACAUUGCCCAUUGAAUUGAUGAUGAAUGUAAUUUGCAAAAGAAAAUUUUCAACUUUUUCCAAACACCAGACUAUAAGGGCGAGACAAUUGUCAAGGGGAUUGAGGCGUGCUUGUUACAUUGGGGGAUUGAGAACCUAUUCACAGUUACCCUAGAUAAUGCAACUGCUAAUGAUGCUGCGAUUAAGCACCCGAAGAGGAGGAUUGAGGAUUGGAAAGGAGUUAUCUUAGUAAUAAGUUCUUACAUGUUAGGUGUAAUGUGCAUAUUCUAAAUUUGAUUGUAAAAGAAGGGUUAAGUGAACAAAAUGAGUCCAUUUCCGAGUAAGAAAUACUGUGGAUUAAGUCCUCUCUUGCGAGAUUUGAUUCUUCUAAGUCAUAUGUUGAGAAGGCCAAGAUUGACACUCAUGAUCUUUUGAGCUUAGAUGUUGAAACUAGAUGGAACUCUACAUAUGUGGUGUUGGAUACAUUGUGAAGUUUGAAAAGGCAUUUUCAAGAAUGUAUGAUGAUGAUCAUAAGUACUUAAAUUAUUGUCCGGAGAGUAGUAAUAUGGGAGGGUAUCCAUCUGUAGAUGAUUGGAAGAAUGUGAGAGUUUUAAUAAGUUCCUUGAUAUUUUCUACUAGGCCACUUUGAAAUUCUGGGGAACUUCUUAUUUUACAUCCAGUUCUUUUUUCCACGAGCUCUUUAAUCUUGAGACCUUUAUUCGCAAAUUUGUCAAAGUGAAAAUUUAAUUUUGAGUGCUAUGGCUGAGAAGAUGAAAGAUAAGUUUAGUAAAUACUAGGGUACUUUUGAGGAUAUGAACAAGUUAUUAUCUGUUGCGGUUGUUUUGGAUCCAAGAUAUAAGUUGAAGUAUCUGAAGUUUCAUUUUAACAAGGCUUAUGGUAGUUUGGAGGGAGCAAAGAGGUCGACUAAUGUAAUGGAUACUUUAACUUGCUUGUGUGAUAACUAUAAUUCUCGUUAUGGACUUCUAUUGACAAUGUUGAUGGUCAAACUAGCUUAUACGUGAAAUGGACUCAUUCACUUAACCUUUCUUUUACAAUCAAAUUUAGAAUAUGAGCAUUACACCUAACAUGUAAGAAUUCAUUUCCUAAGAUGACUCCUUUCCCGUCCUCAAUCCUCCUCUUCAGGUGCCUAAUUGUAACAUCAUUAGCAGUUGUAUUAUCUAGGGUAACUGUUAGGUUCUCGAUCCCCCAAUCUAACAAGCACGCCUCAAUCGCUUUGACAAUUGUCUCAUCCUUAUGGUCUGGUCUUUGGAAAAGUUGAGAAUUUUCUUUUGCAAAUUCCAUUCUUCAUCAAUUCAAUGAGCAAUGAUAACCAUAUAACUUAAAUUUUGGAGAGAUGUCCAUGUGUCACUAGUAAGACAUACGCGUUAAUUUCGAAUGAGCUUUUUAAACUUUUCUUUCUCCUCUUGAUAUAUUUCCAAGCCUAGCAACAGUAAGACAAGAAGGUAAUUCAAAGUUAGACAAAACAAUUGCCAUUAGUCUCUUAAAGCAUCCUCCUUCAACAACUUUAAAAGGUUGUUCAUCAAUAAUAACAAAUUCAGCGAUGACUCUUUUAGUUUCAUUAACAUUAAACUCAACCUUUUCCAAAGUGCAUGUAUUAUCUGAUUGUUCCCCUCUUUUAAGUGUUAAUUGCUUUCUAUCAACGACUCUAAAAGGGAAAUUACGACCAAUCAUAUUUAAAUUUGUCCAUAAUGUCGAAAUCUCCUGUGUACUUUCAGAAGCAAAGUUUUUAGUAUAGUAGUUGCGUUUCACCCUACGCUUGCCCCAUUUAUCUCUAUUUUUGGAAAAGUGAUCCCAAUUUUCAGAUGCUUCCUCGCCACGACUUCUAAGGCUAGAACCAGGAUCACAAGUAGUUCAUAUUUUCUCCUUUUUAGGAGGAUUAAGGGUACUAUGAGGAGUGAUGUUACCAUGUGGUCGUCCCAGUAAUUGUUGUUGAAGAUUUUUCUUCAGUUACUUCAGGUGUCUCCACCUCCUUUGAAUAGGAGUACUUCCCAUCUGAAAAGAAUUAAGAAUAGGUUAUAGGGGAUAAACCUUUGAGCAAUACGCCACUGAUAUUCACGUAUAUGUAUUUGUAAAAAUCUUCUCCUAAAUUAGACAAGCUAGUUAGGAAAUUCCUUUUUUACUCGCAUCUCAAUCUAUGAAAAAAAGCUAUGAAGAAAAGAUCUUCUCUUUGUCAUCAAUUUUCUCUCUAUUCUAGUUUCCUGAUAAUGAUAAUAAAUACUUGUGAAGUCUUCUAGCUUGAGAUAGAAUCUUUAGCUGAAUAGAGACACAAUUCAGCAUCAUGGGUCAAUUUUAGUCAUUGUGUUUUAGAAAAGUAUGAAACUUUCCCACCAGUUCCCCUUGGCACAUUAAGGUUCUUGUUUCAAAGCCAAAAAAGAAAUUACCUUAAAUCUCAGCUACUUUUUGAUCUUCUUGUUCUCCAUAUGUGAUUUAUUGUUUCCUUCACCUCUUCUUGAGAUUAAAUGAGCAAAACCAUUUGAUAGGGAAAAGUUCUUGACUGACGGCAAGGAAGAUGAGAAAAAGAAGUUCUUAGACUAGGAGCCUGUUUGGAUGGGCUUAUGCCUAUAAGCUGUUUGCAGCUUAUAAGCUAAAAAAAAUAAGUUGGGUAACUUAUUUUUUUUGGCUUAUAAGCUGUUUUCAGCUUAUAAGCUGCUUUAGAUAAGCUAAGUCAAAUGGGCCCAAUUAUUUUUUUGACCUUAUUUUAAGCACAAAAUGACUUUAAGCUGGCCAGCCAAACACUCAAAAAAGCUGAAAACAACUUAUAAGCAACUUAUAAGCCAAUCCAAACGGGCUCUAGGUUUUCUUCACUUUUAUAAUUCUAUUUCAGCUUAAAUGGGCUAAAGAGAAUGGGACACAACUUUUGUUCUUAUAAAUCUGGGCUGUGUUGCAAUAAAAAUAUUAAAUGAACAUCUAUAUCUAUAUUUAAUACAUAGAUAAUUAUAUAAAUGAGUAUAUUUGCCGAUUUUGGUUCUGUAUUUUUUUUGUUCAAUACCAAAGCAAAUAUUGUCGAUUUUUUAAAAUUUAUAGCCAAACCCAAGUCUUUUUUUUUUUUUUUUUUUUUUUUUUUUUUUUUUUGAUUUGGUUUUGUUUCACAGUUUCAUCUGAACACCCCUACUACAAGUGCUUUAUUCCUUCAUUGACACCUGAACUGACAUAGAUAGGCAAGUAUGGUAGCUGUGCAGUUAAGGGAAGUUUACAGUUAAGUCAACUUACUGGAAUCUAAACAAUGAAACCUCCCUGACAGUUUUGUGGUCUUGGAAACUCAUAUGGAAGAUCAAAAUUCCUCUCAAAGUUUCCUGCUUCAUAUAGUUGGUUAUUAGAAGAGCUUGCUUAACUCAUGAAGUCCUACAAAGAAGAGGCUUUAAGAUUUGCUCAAGAUGCCUGUUAUGUGGAACAAGAUGUAGAAAACAAUGAGCAUCUGUUCUUACAUUGCAAGACAACUGUAAAUCUAUGGUACAUGUUCUUUUGUAUCCUUGGAAUGAGUUGGGUAAUAUUCAGAACUACUUUUGAGAUGCUCAUCAAUUGGGAGGGAGUGGGUAGAAGAGAGGCAGAGGAAGACAGGUGGCAAUGCAUCCCAGUAUGCAUAUGGUGGAUGGUGUGGAGGGAACUAAACUCAAGGCACUUUGAAGAAUAACAGCCUCAGAUAUCACCCUGGAUUUGGCCCCACUGUUCCUCAAGAUUGCAGUGAUUGUGGUAAAAAAUUCAAUAUGGGUGGACCCAUAUGGUCUGCGCCCAUCCAUGAUCAAGAAUGGGUAGCUGCCAUACUUGCUGAUGUGAAAUCUAUGAAGGAGCAGUAUCCAGCUUAUGAUCGAAUCUGUGCUGUGUUGACAUCAAUUUCAGAGGAAUUACCUGAUGCUCCUCUAUUUCUGAGUUUGCACAAUAUAUCUGCAACACUGAAAUGCACUUCUCCCUCAGCAGUUAUGUUUCGCUCUGCUGUAACCAAUGCAGGAUAUCGUACAUCGGGGACUCAUGUGAAUCCUUUGGGAUUGAAAACAGAUGCGCCUAUGCAUACCAUUUGGGAUAUCAUGCGUUGCUGGGUCAAAAAUCAUCCCGUGAAAGCUCAAUCAUCUAACCAUCCUGGAAGUGUGAUUCUUGCCAAGGAACCUAUUCUGCAGGCUAAUUUUGCUCAGACUGUUGCAUCCCUUAGCAAGGCAAAGGUCAAGAAGGUUGCUCGUUUCCUUCCUAAUCCCGAAAAGCAUUGGGGCCCAAAACUCAGGGCAAGUCGACAGAUUACCGAGAGGAUUCUGAAAAUGCUUGUAGGAAUCAGGAGGUGAUAUUUCGUUUGUGUCCCUUUUUUGAAUCUUAAAGGAGCACGGUGUUGUAUUCUCAAAAGGCGCACUACUUUUGAAGGAUCGGGUAUGCACCCGGUGACAUUUUUUAAGAGUCCAAGCAACAUAGCUAAUUUCUUUGUAUUUUGUUUCUUCCUUUCCAUUCAUUUUCUCAAGAAAAAGGAGUACUACCAUGUAAAAUAGCUAACCCUAUUGUCAUACUGGCAAUAGUUGUUAUGACUUGAUCCAUGCUGUUUCAGCUGCUAAGCUGCACUAACUGUUGUUUCCAACAAAUGAGAGAAAAGAAGAUUUCAAACCU